AUGGAUCCUUAUCUCUCUCCCACUCCCGGUAUGGAUGGCUUUCCUAGACAUGGCGCUCCAGCUUCACCUUCGCAACCGGGGUAUUAUGGAAGCGCCACCCCUGCUCCGGUGAUAUACCAGCAAAGUGGAGCUUGCGGCUUUCCAAAUCCUCGAUCCUUUGCAGACGUCGACGCUUCCAACAACCGGCCCAUGUCGCAGGCCAAUCCAAUAGAUUACAGGACUUACUAUGCUCAGCCCUCAUCUUCGUCAAAACACAGACGCUAUUCUAGCGCCUCCGUCCCCCAAGCUCCUGUCGGGAGACCGCCUCGUCAUGUCUCUGUGCAUUCCGAAUGGGAAUCGACAGGCAGAAUGUUCCAGGACGAGUAUAUGCAUGACGUGGAGCCUACCAGAUCCUACGAUACUCGCGAAUAUGUUGUGGAAACUGGCAGGUCCCGGAACACUGACAAGUCCAAGGGAAGUGUUAAGUAUCAUUCUCAGAGACGUCCAUCCAACCGUGAUGAAUUCGAUGGGCCGCAUCAACUCCUUGAACCGCCAUCGCCAAGUACUAUAGCUGCCCAAGAGCGGGAGCUGCCCGUGUUGCCUACUAAUCUCGAUGUAUCAGAACAAGACCGCAUCUUGUGUGAGGUUAAUGACCGCCUCUCUCAAUGCGCGUUUGAUUUCGUCGCUAGAUACCAGUUUCCCAUCCCUAUUGAGCCGGAUAAAAGACAGGUGAGGGUACCAGCAGACCGGGAAUGGACCGAAUGGGUGUAUUUAUUGAAAAGAUUGGCCACCAAGCGCCGGAUUCCUGCCCGGGUACUUCAUAAUGGCCAGAUCAAGCAGCUUGUUACCGUUUUGGAGAAUUCCUUGGAAAUGCGGCAUGCCGCCAAGCAUCAGUCCAGGCCUAUAAAGGAUGACCGGAAUGUCCUGCAGCUUAUUUCCGCUGGAACUCAGGUUGCCAAAAUCCUCAAGGAUGCUACUGCCAUGGAAUACCUGGAUUGUCUCUACCAGGAGACUGAGAGACGUAUCAAGGACCGACAGAACCGUCGUGUUAAAUUCGCUACUUGA